GCGGACCGCGACAGCGAGUUCCGUGAAUCCACGUAGCACUUCCAAGCGUUCCUGUACUCUGCAGUCCCCCGGUAUCUUCCAUUGCUGCAGUACCCCAGUAGCCAUGCUCUUACAGGCCGUGAACGUAAACUCUCCGAUGCGAACGACGCGCUCGCGCCUAUCAGUCAACCCUCCUGCGUCUGCUGUCUCCUCGUGCGUCCACCGCGCGCCAUCCAGUGGAUGCUGUACAGCUCUGCGCAUCCAGCCGCAACGCUCGAGAGCUCAACCAUUGCGCGGAACGCUCAAAGUGGCAGCUUCCGCUGUGGCGGGCGAGCCCGGGGCUCCUGAUGACGGGAGGGCGGCGCUGGCAGAGUUCCUGAAGGCGGUGCUGAUAACCAAGCUGGACGCCAAGUUCAGCGAGCAGAACACUAUGUUGGACGCCAAGUUCAGCGAGCAGAACACAAAGCUGGACGCCAAGUUCAGCGAGCAGAACACAAAGCUGGACGCCAAGUUCAGCGAGCAGAACACAAAGCUGGACGCCAAGUUCAGCGAGCAGAACGCCAAGCUGGACGCCAAGUUCAGCGAGCAGAACACAAAGCUGGACGCCAAGUUCAGCGAGCAGAAUGCCAAGCUGGACGCCAAGUUCAGCGAGCAGAACACAAAGCUGGAUGCCAAGUUCAGCGAGCAGAAAACCGAGCUGGACGCCAAGUUCAGCGAGCAGAACACUAUGUUGGACGCCAUGUUCAGCACUAUGUUGGACGCCAUGUUCAGCGAGCAGAACGCCAAGCUGGACGCAAAGUUCAAAAGCGUGCUGCAGGCGCAGGGACGGUUCACUAAAGUGCAGGGAGACCUGAAGAUCCUCCUGUCCGGCUACCUAGGCCGCAAGCUGGGCGAGAGGGCCCCCAGCGCAGCGAGGCUGACCUGGACGCUGCUGGAUUGGUUUGCAGAGGAGGAUCGCGGCUUCCUGGCGGUACUGGUCGCGGAGAUACAGCAGCAGAUCGCCCUGCUCAAGCGGGCCGGGCGGGAGCAGGUGGAGGGCGGGCUGGCUCAGCUGCAGAAGCUGGAGGCGGCACGCAGUGAGCUACUGAAGCGGCUGCCAGUGCGUUGGGCUCACACCGCAUCAUCGUCCCUGGAGCGCAAGCUGGGCGAGAGGUCUGGGCGGCGGACAGUGCUGAACAGCGCACGGAGCCUCACGGCGGUGCUGCUGUCAGGCCCCCAGCGCAGCGAGGCUGACCUGGACGCUGCGGUGGCGGCGCUGCUGGAUUGGCUUGCAGAGGAGGACCGCGGCUUCCUGGCGGUAGUGGUCGCGGAGAUACAGCAGCAGAUUGCCCUGCUCCAGCGGGCCGGGCCAGAGCAGGUGGAGGGCGGGCUGGCUCAGCUGCAGAAGCUGGAGGCGGCACGCAGUGAGCUACUGAAGCGGCUGCCAGUGCGUUGGGCUCACAAGGUAUCAUCGGUGGGUUCGGCGCCGCAGCCGCAGCCGCUGCAUGUAUGCGCAACCUCGGCAGCGGCGGCUCCUCCGCUUCUCAGCAAGGGCACGUCCGCCGCCAUUCCGCAGCUCAAACGCUCUGCGAUGGUCCUGCUGUGCGGCUACCACGUCAUACGCCAGCGGUCGGCCGUGCUCCGGCACCAGCUUCCCGUGGACGUCAAGGCGCGCGGCGUGGUGGCGUGGGCCAGGGUGGAAGGCAACCCACCGCAAGAGCCUGUGAAGCUGCGCCCGGCGUGUGGCCCUGCCCAGGUGCUGGACGUGGACGUGUUCUCAGCCCAGGACGUGCUGUAGACCAGCCGUCGCAGGGUGCUCCACUGCUGGCAUGGAGACAGGGAAACCGCCUUCCAUGAUGCUAAGCACAUUCAACAGUAGUAGUUGCCGUCGCACAGGAUUAAUUCGUUUGGCAGUGAGGAGUGCUGCGUGUAGCCAGUGAGGAGUGCUGAAUGUAGCCAGUCGUAGAUGUAUGUCGUGCACGUUGUAUGAGGUUUCAUUCACAUUCAUUCGGGCGGGAAUUAUGCAGAUGUGGCCGACGGGUCUGCAGAGGAUAGCACUUCGCGUUAACUUUGCCCCUGAGGAGCCGGCUGGUGUCUAGGUAGCGGUCCGCGGUGGGGCUGGCAGGGCAUGCGUAGCGGCAUGACAAGUAGUGCGGCUGUUGAGAACUGUGCUGCGUCUGGCUGCCGUUGGCUCUGCUGUGGCAUCACGAUUGCUAGGCACAGGGUUUGGCUAUGUGCCUGUGGAAACCGAUCCCGGCUAUGUUGGGGCGAUGAGGUUGUUCGGCCUCAGACUGUGGAGGGGCUCAGCCCCUUUUCCUGUGACCUGGGAACACUUGUCGGAAUGUCGGAAUGAAAUUCCCGCGUGAUGCAGCGGAGAAUGUGGCGCACAGCAGUGUGGCGGGCACGUGAGGGUGCAUGUUGUAGUGACGGGCACAUGUCACACACAUUGAAGAGCGUUGCAGUGAUGACGCUCGGGUUUUGCAGGGCUGCGUGGGUGAUGAAGAAAAAGGACAGCCUGACAACCAGUGAUAAGAUGUCAACCAGUGAUAAGAUGUGCUCGACUAUGUACUCGCUACUGGGCUUGACGGCUCAAGGGCUUAGACUUGUCCACGCGUGCCGGCACCAGUGCUCUUCUCAGCAGCCUGGCGCAACAUAUUCUGCAUGUAGCUCAAGCCACAGCUGCAGCGCGGCUUGUCGAUGGCCUCAAUCGCACUGUCGAGCCCCCGGGGAACUGCCCCGUCUGAACAAGGGGCCACACGUCACAGACAGCACACAAUGCCGUGCGGGAGAGCUCGGUGGUUCGCGAUGGCGCGCACCUGCAGGGUACAUGGACGGCAGUGGUGGCAGUUGAAGGUGGCGGUAUUUUGUGGAUAGCAGGCGCGGCAUAGGCGCGAGCAUGGCUUGCAUUCGGUCGCACAAAUUAGAGGGGGAUGGCUCUGGAAGCAGCAAAGGCCCCGCUGAGCGCCGCCGUCGGUGGCGCAACCAGCUCACGGGACGGGGGAGGGGGAGGAAGGGCGGGGGGCAACAAACGCCUGCCUGUUGGCGUGCUGGGUGUUUGCCGCGUGUCAACCUUCGCGGAAGGCGGGCCCCGACCAAAUGGGUCCGACCUCGG